CUAAAAGCGGGGCUUUGAAAGGACCCAAACAAUAUGUACCGGAUAUUCUGAGAGCAUGAAGUAAACAUUGGAGUAAACGCUUAUAAUUUCUGUUUUCAGUCUCUUACAGACUCCUCAGAGUUGAUAAAAUGAACAACAUUUCCCCUGAGGUUGCUCUGCACCGGAUCUCACCUGAGUUGCGGCCCUUGCUCUGCAGCGUUGUGCGGAACGGCCGGGUUGGACUCGACUCCACAAACUGUCUCCGUGUGACCGACCUCAAAACUGGAUGCACAACUUUGACCCCGGGUCCCUCCUGUGAUCGCUUCAAACUUCACAUCCCGUACGCUGGAGAAACCCUGAAAUGGGAUAUCAUAUUCAAUGCACAGUAUCCAGAACUGCCACCGGAUUUCAUUUUUGGAGAAGAUGCCGAGUUUCUCCCUGAACCUUCAGAACUACCACACCUGGUCCAGUGGGAUGCAGGGAACCCAGAAUGUUUGCUCCAGCUGGUGAAGGAGCUAAUCCAGCAGUACCACGACUACCAGUGCCAGCGUCUGCGAGAAAGCUCCAGGCUGCUCUUUGAGUACGGAAGCCUGCUGGAGGAUCCCAACUAUGGCCGCAACAUGGAGAUUUAUGCCGGACGCAAGAACAGCUGGACAGGAGAGUUUUCAGCACGUUUCCUUCUCAAACUGCCCGUGGACUUCAGCAACAUCCCGGUCUAUCUCCUCAAGGACACAGCGCUGGACCCUGGAGAGGAUGUCGCUCUUCUCUCAGUGAGCUUUGAGGAUGCUGAGGCUACCCAGGUCUUCCCUAAACUCUACCUGUCCCCCAGCAUUGAACAUGCCCUGGGAGGCUCCUCUGCACUUCAUAUCCCAGCAUUCCCCAGUGGAGGAUGCCUAAUAGACUAUGUCCCUCAAGUGUGCCAGUUACUCACAAACAAGGUGCAGUAUGUCAUCCAAGGCUACCACAAGAGGAGAGAGUACAUCGCCGCCUUCCUCAGCCACUUUGGAACGGGUGUGGUGGAGUAUGAUGCUGAAGGAUUCACAAAACUCACUUUACUACUUAUGUGGAAGGACUUCUGCUUCCUCGUACACGUGGAUCUCCCGCUGUACUUCCCCAGGGACCAGCCCACCCUCACCUUCCAGUCUGUGUACCACUUUACCAACAGCGGGCAGCUCUACUCUCAGGUGCAGAAGUCGUACCCCUACAGCCCCCGCUGGGACGGCAAUGAGAUGGCAAAGAGGGCAAAGGCGUACUUCAAGACUUUUAUCCCUCAGUUCCAAGAGGGAGCCUUUGCCAACGGGAAACUCUAGUGCUCUCCAGCUUUAUGACAUGCCUGGAGAGUUGCCUGUGGGAGUGUGUAUGUGAGUGUGUGUUUGUGCAUGCCCCUGUGUACCUGUAAGUGAGUAUGCACAGACUAAUGUUUGUGAAAUGUUCCAACAGUACAUUGAGAGUGACCGUGGGUUUGUUGGCGCACAGACUUUGUGAAUUCCAUCUUAUUGACCUUGAAAUGGCUCUUAGUAUAAGUUCUCCUUUAGUUUUUCAUUUAGGUUUAAAUAGACACAACUUUAGUGUAGAGGUUGAGAAGAAGUCUGGAGGGCACUGUCAUAUAUUUCUGAAAUGAGAGGCUGACAAAGACUUAGUGUUGUAAAUACAAGGGAGUGAUGUGACUUUUACAUUCUCCACCUCUUUAGUGAAAAUAACAGACACAUGAGCAUCGUGCACAUGCCGCACAAAUUUGUGGGAGCAGCCUAAAAUGUGUAUCUUCUUUGCUUGUUCGCCAGCCAUAAACUGUAUUGAUCGAGUGAAACAAGCAGCCUCCUGGUUGGAAAGUUGAAGCUAAUGCAGUAGCACCUUAAACCUGAAUUCUUUCAAAUGGCCAGCAGGGGGUCCAAUAGUCGCAAAAAAAAGAUGUAAACAAGUUAAAUAAAAAAUAACCCUUCUUCCUUGAUUGAAAAACCUCAGUAACUUCAGAGUGUAUAAUCUGUAUUGGUAAUUUAAGUCUUCUAUAAUAUAGCAUGACGUUCAUUGAGGAAGUAAUGGUCAGGGUUAAAAUAUCAUCAAGGAUAAAGCAGUGUCCGCGUUAUGGCCUGGUUACUUCAGCCACCCCUAAGAAAGCCUUGUUCAGCUUUCAGUUUUCAAUCUUUGGUAAGUACAUUUGGUUUAAAGGCAGUUUCUUCACUAGCCAUAAUUAAUAUCACAGUUACCAUUAAUCAGAGAUGAGCUUGUCCUGGAUUUAGCUUACGACUAUGUUUGCUCCUUACAGUGCCACCUUCUCGUCCAAAAAAUUAACUUCUAUCCAAGAUUCAAAACACCAAGAUAGUCAUGGCCGAAAUGUUUAACUAGAGGCUUCUAAAAGGUCGUCCAUAAAGUGAUUGCUGACAUCACAGUGGCUACAUCCACUUCUUGUAUGCAGGCUUUUCUGCCUAAAGGCUUUUCUCUCUAAAAGGAUCUCCACAACACCCUGUACAGUCAGUCUGUCUGAUGUUACAAAAACUAUUAUUGUUAAAAAGUGUUGUGCCAAUGGCUUAAAGCAUUCAAACCCCAGAGGUCCGCCAUCACUAUUCUCCAUCCAGAGCGGCCGUUGCGUUGGUAUGUAAACAAUAUGAAAACGAACUAACUACAUGUAAAUCACAAAGAGCUGUGGGGACAAUUCAACAACAACAUGUUAGAGUUUGGCUGCACUUUGUCAGAAUAUCUACAUGACUUUUCCUUUUAACUGUCUGUCUGUUUCAUUGAAGCAUUCAAAGGCCUGUGAAGUGACAAUACUGUACGUUAAUGAAGAAUAAGUUCUGUCUGAGUUUCUAUCCAGUAAAGAAGUCUGUUUCCCUCCGA